CACGUGCGAUCACGUGCAGUGCGUUCAGCGCUAGCGUGGUGCAUCGGUGUGUCUCGCGUCUCGUCCCACGAAAUAAACAUGCGUUAAAAACAUUUGAAAAACAUAAAUGAAUACAAGAUAUUAACAUAUCUGAACUCACGAUGUUCGGGCAGUUUUACUCGUGAACGCAUGACGACUGACGACGUGAUGACACGGUUUUGAAAUGGACUGAGUAAUUAACCUUACUUAGGGGUUCUCGUUCAACGGGAAGCCGCGAAAAAUCGAAAGAACGCUCGUAUAUUUUACGAUGGCUCAUCGAUUAAACAAUAAGGAAAAAUUAAAGUCGCUUAUAAAAGUGACCACCACUGCCACUUUGUUUUAUAGUGGAAUUUGCAUUUACCAAAGCAAUGAAAAUUUUUACAAUAAAUUCAUCUUGCCGGUCGUCCAUAAGGUGGAUCCUGAACUGGCGCACAGUGCAGCUGUGACAUUUUUAAAAUGGGGUUUCUUAGCUAAACAGCCUACGGAAGACCCAAGUUCUCUCGCGGUCAACAUUUGGGAUAUGCAGUUCAAAAAUCCUGUAGGGAUGGCAGCUGGCUUCGACAAGCAAGGCGAGGCUGUUGAGGGUUUGCACAAGAUAGGUUUUAGCUUCGUAGAAAUAGGAUCAGUAACGCCAAAGCCACAACCUGGUAAUCCAAAACCAAGACUGUUCAGACUGUUAGAAGAUAAUGCUGUCGUCAAUAGGUAUGGUUUCAACAGUGACGGUCACGAUAUUGUCUGGCAACGCUUAAAGAGCCUAAAGGAAAAACAGAACUUCGACGGAAUUGUGGGAAUCAAUCUGGGGAAGAAUAAAACGUCAGAGGAUGCUGCACAGGAUUUUAUAGACGGGAUCAAGAAGUUCUCCAAUGUAGCCGACUAUUUUGUGAUCAACGUAUCCAGUCCCAAUACUCCGGGACUAAGAAGUCUGCAGAGUGGAAAGGAAUUGGAACAGUUGUUGACGAAGAUAAACAAAGCCAGGCAAGCAGUACAGAGCAAGCAGCCGUUGCUAUUGAAACUCGCUCCGGAUUUGUCAGAUUCUGAGAAAAAGGACAUCGCGGAUGUGAUCCUGAAGAGAAACUCGAAAGUAGACGGGCUGAUAUUAUGCAAUACGACAACCUCGCGUAAUAAUUUGGUGAGUCCUUUGAAGGAGGAGACCGGCGGGCUCAGCGGUGCUCCCCUUACCGACAUGUCCACUGCGAUGAUCUCGGACAUGUACAAAAGGACGCAUGGUACCGUUCCCAUUAUCGGAGUCGGCGGAAUAUUCACCGGAGCGGACGCCUACGACAAGAUCAAAGCCGGCGCAUCGCUCGUGCAAGUGUAUACGUCUUUCGCCUACCGUGGACCACCGAUAGUAGCAAAAAUUAAACGGGAAUUGAACGACAUGUUGAAGCAAGACGGGCUAGCGUCUAUAAAAGACGCUGUCGGGAAGGAUGUUAAACUUAGAUGAGAGUUACCUGUCAAUUUUAUAAAUCUUAAACAGACCUUAUUAAAGAAUGAUUGACUUAUUUUUUAUAUUAA